UGAGGCCUACAAGCAUGAAAAUGACAUCCGGACGUGGCUUCAUGAGCUUCGACAAACUUUAUCCCGGCUAGAAAAGGAGAUGGAAGCUGAGACACGGCGGGGUCUACGGGCCUGGCUUGGAUGUCCGCCGCCGACUGAUCUCUUUCACGAAGCCAGGCAGAAACGGCUCGAGAGAACAUGCGAUUGGGUCUUGAACCGCCACGAAUUCAUUGAGUGGCUCGCUCCGAACAGGGAACCCGUCAGCACCGAAAGUUUUCUAUGGAUCAAUGGGCCAGCGGGACUUGGAAAGACUGUCCUCUGCGCUAGAAUCGUUGAACAUCUGUUGUCAACAUCUCAGACACCGGUGGCCUACUUCUUCUUGUCGUCUGACUUCGAAAGCCGCAACGAUCCUUAUGCGGCAGUUCGGUCGUGGAUUCAUCAGCUGACGUCUUGUAACCAAGUCGCUUACCACUUGGCUCGAGACAAAUGGCUAGCCCAGAAUGAAGACUUCGCCACGCAAAUCGAAAUCGUGGAUCUGUUUCGGGAAGUUGUGCAAGUUGUCCCUGGGGCAUAUUUUGUUUUGGACGGCUUGGAUGAGUGUACUUGGAUGGGAAAAGGCCAAGGCGACGGCAAAUCUUUGCAAGUCUUUCUCAAUAGCAUCACUCGAGCAGUCGCCAACACUGAUGCUCAUAUCUUGGUCGUUAGUCGGGACGAACCUGAGAUUCGAAGCGACUUGAUGUACAUGAAAGAAUGGGGGGAACUGAAGAUCGUUCGUGGGGAUGUUCAAUCUGACGUUGCUCGAUAUGCGAGGAGUAUUGUCGACAAGAAGCUGUUCAAAAAAUAUAAUGCGACAAGAGAGGAAGUUUCCCGGAUGCUUGCAGAUCGUUCACAGGGUCAAUUCCUCUGGGUCAAACUACACGAGGACUCUUUGCGCAGCUGGAAGAACAACAAGCAGCUUGAGGAUGCUAUCGAAGAGAUCCCGUCCGGACUCGAUCACGUCUACGAAAGAAACUGGGUGCGGAUAUCCAGAUUGCCAGAACCAAUCCGCGACCGUGCCUACUCGCUCCUGCAAUGGGCAGCUUUCUCAAUCCGACCACUGACUGUCAAUGAAAUUUCAGAGGCCACACUCCUCAAAGAAGAUGAUGAUGGAGAGUUCCCUGCCAGUGAGCUACCUGAAGAGAUUGACGAAGAUUACAUUGAGAGCGAGAUUCAAAGUCCCUGUGGUUCACUGCUGGAGAUUCGUGGCACACACUCGGAUUCUGAAUUAGGGCAGAGGACAGUACACCUGACCCAUUUCUCGGUCAAGCAGUAUUUUCUACGCAACACGAUCAUUUCAACGCAAUGGCCGCUAUGUAAGAAGAACAGGCAACUUUCGAAUACAAUCUUGCAAAGCAGUCGUCUAGCAAAGCUAUGUCUUCGCUACAUCCACAGCGAACACUUCAGGUACAACAAAGAAACUGCAGAUACGAUUGCAGGAAGCAACGAAGGGGAGAACAUUCAAGUCAGCGUCAAGAGAUCCUUUCGACAUUACGCAACAGUUUCAUGGUAUCAACAUGCUGCCGCUGGUAAUGAAGAUGACUUCGAUCUACAUAUGCUGAUCAAAGCUCUGUUUGACGAACGCAGCCCUAGUUGGGUGGCAUGGCGCGAUAUGUUCCAGAUGUAUAGCACAGGGAUCAAUUGGGCAAUCAUUACCUCAAUUAGACCUCACGACGCUAGUCCCAUACACUACGCUGCACGAUUUGGACUCACCAGAAUUACGUCAUACCUCAUUCAUGACAGAAAGUAUCCCGUGAAUGCCAAGACGCCAUUUGGUAGAACGGCCUUGGAAAUCGCGGGUACCGCGGGCAACUUGAGAGUUGCAAAGGUCCUUUUAGACGCAGGAGCGGAUACUUCAAUACGGAACGAGAACGGAUCAACACCUCUCAUUGAAGUCGCGUUGCAAGGAGUCCUCAGUGUUGCCGAGCUUCUUCUUGAGAAUGGCGCUGACAUUUCAGCCGCGAAUGAUGAGGGCUUUACGUCACUUGCGUCCGCUUGUAUUCGCGAACAUGUGCCUGUUGUCAAAUUGCUGCUGGAAAAGGGAGCCAACACCUCAGUGGCGGACAAAGAUGGAUGGACACCUCUUAGCUCCGCUGCUCUCUACGGACACCAAGAGAUUGUUAGAUUGCUUCUGGAAAACGGAAGUGAUGUUUCAGAUUCGAGCAAUGGUAGCUGGACGCCGUUGACAGCCGCUUGUUCUCAGGGCCACCUGGAGGUUGUCAAACUGCUGCUAGAGAAAGGAGCUGACAUUGCUCAUCCAUACCGUGACAUGCGCUCGCCUCUUCACUGGGCUUCUGUUCGAGGGUUUAAUAAGGUUGCGGAGAUGCUCCUUGAAAAGGGGGCUGAUAUCACGGCUACGACUGAUCAAGGGUGGACGCCGCUUCAUUUGGCAGCAAGUUCAGGGCAUCUCAAAACGGUCAAGCUACUUCUUGAACAUGGCGCCGACACAAACCGUAUGGAUACGUCGGGUUGGAAACCUUUAUAUUUAGCAUCAAGCAAGGGCCAUAGCAAAGUUGUCAAGCUGCUUCUCAAGUAUGUUCACGGCAGCGGAGACAUCGACAGACCUGGCUUGGCAUCUCUUGAUCCGACUACAGCUGCGAAGGAACUCGAACUAUCCCAGUUACUUUUGACCGAGCCCCUUGCCGAGAGACAAUAUCUUGCAGACGCAACAGGAUGGACGCCACUUCACGAGGCCUCAUACACUGGACGAAUCAAGGUAGUACGGUUACUUCUCGACCUAGGGGCUGAUCGCUGGCUGGUGGACGCACGAGGAUGGACAGUAUUACACGCUGCAGCAGUAGGCGGCCAUGCAGCAGUUACAAAACUUCUUCUCAAAGAUCCCGAUUGCAAAGCCAGCAGAACAGACGACAUGAGACGAACACCUCUAUUUCAUGCUGCAACGCACGGAUUUGACGACGUGGCAAAAUUGCUGACCUUUCAGAAUCAGGGAGAUAUUCAUAUCACGGAUAAAUACGGCUCUACUCCGUUAUCUGCCGCAUGCCGCAAUGGUCACAGCAGCGUCGUCAAGCACUUACUCUCUUUGGAUAAAAGCACCAUAGGAAUCCGGGAUAUACUUGGUCGAGACUCAAUUUGGUGGGCAAGAAAUGGCGGGGAUACGAAAGUUAUUCGUUUGGUAGUUCAACAUGCUUCAAGACUCGGACUCGAUACUACAGAGAACAACGUCCUUGGCACUCACGCGGCGGACUUCGCAGAAGACUCAGUCAUGUGUGACAUGUGCGUCACAUGUGUUCCAGAUCACAUAGACGUAUGGGGUUGCAACCUCUGUAAUGGAGGCGAUUUUGAUAUCUGUCUGGAGUGCAGGAGCCUCGGUUUGAGAUGCCAAGAUGAGCAUGAUGUUUGGUUUCUCAAGGACCCAAGAACUUAGCAAAGUACCUUAUAUUGACGGAUUCGACUGGAGGUCUGGCUUGUGUCUCUCAACAACGUAGACGGCAAAGAUAUGGGGAUCUUGCAGUCAUUCGUAAGUCUGGCAAUCUUCCUCAAAGAGAUCCAUGUCCAAUUGAGAGGCACGUUGAU